GAGGACGAGGGAGGACAAAGACGGCCAGGCACAGGGUAAAGGGCGAAAGGCAGCAGCUGUCUCCUUCAGACCCAGGGAGAAGACACCAGAGUGUCGGCCUCCACCGGGGGGACGUGGUUCAGACCAAAUGCCGGUGUUUGCCUGUUGCUCCCUCCAUGCGCUGGAGCUGCCGGAGGAAGGGCUCACGUGCUUCUUCAUUACAACAUCACCUAUUUAUGGGCGUCUGACCUGUGCCCUAUUCCUCUCUAUUCUAACCAGGAACACAUUGGAUGGACCCUGUGGUCCUGAUGCCGGGCCAGCACUCCACGGCGCUACGCUGGCACUCACCAGGGAAGCAGGCAGCUUCUGGGAGGCACAGAGUGGUGCUCGGCUUGGCCCAUGGGUGACGCUGCUCUGAGGCAGCUCGGUGGGUGCAAACACGUGGGAGCAAACACAUGAAUCGUAGCUGCGGGCAGGAGGAAUAUCAGGUGCAUCUCCAGGCCCUGAGGGCGCAACUCCUCCACUUAAACCCCUCCCACUGGGGCGGCCGCUCAGAGUCUGAGAGCAGCCGGUGGAGAGAAGUCCUGCUCCUGGGCACUGUCCGCCUCCCGCCGCGCCUCCCGCUCCCUGCACUGCCUGCCUCCGAGUUCAAAUUCCUCAGAAACUUUUUAAACUUGCCAACCACUCACUAUUCUCCUAACCACCGUCUCGGCUGCCACAGUAACUGUCCAUACUUGGGAAGCCAUCAGAGACAGUGAGAGGCAGUGCCCUGCUUCACAGCAGGCAAACAGCCCUGUGGCCAACUGAGACCACAUGUAAGCAGUUCUGCCCGGACGCCUGGGGAGAGCGCACGCCCUGGGGAGAGCGAGGCAGGGGGAGAAGGGAGGCAGCCAGACGCUGCUCCCAGCUUUUCCCACAGGCAAAAAAGCCAAUCAGCUUAGCAAAAGCAGAUGUUUAAAAUGCUUGAAAAGUCACAAAAAGGACACUUUUAAAUGAAAAGAAAAACCUCUGUGAGGGCUCCAGCCCCUGUGCCUGUCUUCAAGUCACUGCCUCCCACUGACCUCUGCCUUCGGCGUGGACCCUGGGGUACAGCUGCUUAGUCUGAAAGGACAGGAUGGUGGGGGCCCCGAGCGGAGCCGCUCAGGCAGAGCAGGGGCCACGGGCCAGCUCCCUCCGAGCCGGCAGAGACAGCCCAGUGGGAGGGCAGGAGGGUGAAAACACAGUCACAGAAACCUUGCAACAGGCAGACGUCUGAAUUUGAAAGAUGCUAACAUGGAAAGCCAAGCCACAGGGUCCUGCUCUAUUAGCGCCUCGCUAUGCAGCUCUCCAGAGAAGUGUUAACUGAGAAACAUGCGUCCCAGGAAAAGGAGAGGGAAGCACCUCUCACGUCCCCCAGAGAAAUCUUCCUCUGAACACAACCCACUUCCUACAAACAGUUAAAGCGCUGGACUGGCCUGUUGUGGCAACAAUGCCCUUUCUGGGAACACCUGACACCAGCAGCUUCAGUUCCAGUUCUGCCAUCCUGUAACCCGUCCCUGGGCAGGAGAGCUCACGGACAUCCAUCAUUCCAUAGGCUGCCCCUCGAAAGCCCACAACAGCCUCACUUUUACCCCCCUGGUUCCUCUGGCGUGACUGCACUUUUAUAGCCGAGUGAACUGCGCCUGUCUCCUGGGCGCCUGAAGCCGCUGUGCUUCUUGUUGUCAUUAGCGACUGUGCCACCCUGAGGCCAGUUCACCCAGAGUGGCACAAUCGCCACUGCUGCACCUGUGACUCCAGUGCCGGCUGUCCUUCCAGCAACGAAACCCGAGGACCCUCACCUCCCACAACACGGCACCAAGGGUCGGCCCCUGCAGCCUGUCUACUGUACUUUUGUGCCAACCGACCAGACAACAAGCAGUCUAGUCAACAUUUGAGUGAAAAAGUACAUAUUAACAUAAAACAAUCAUUUCCGAAAGUAUUCUUUUGGGUAAUACUAUAACGUACAUAUAACUUGCCUCCUAUAAAUCUUUGAGAAACCUUAACCAACGUGGGUCUAUUUAUAUUUCGCCUAAAAGUAUUAGCAAUGUUAGAUGAGACUGCUUCUAAACCUGACAUCAUUUUCUUAAAUCCGGAGGGAACUUUCCGCUCAGUUGCGCUCACGUGUUUUAAUGCUGGAGGGGGUGGAUCCGAGUCCACUCUCGGUAUCGCCGGGAUUCAGGGCUCGCACCUGAUAAACGUUUUGCAACUGUCAUCAUUGGGAUGGUGCUGCAGCUAGUGAUGAAAUCACCGGUGUUCAGGUCUCUGCCAUAACACAUCCUAUACAACCCUGGGAAGCUGACUUGCAGAGAUUCUCACGCCUCCAGAAGCAGAGAGCAUAAUGAGGCGUGCCACCACAGGCCCCGCUGACUUACUUAUCUGGCUGGCCCGGCACUGGCUGGAGUCACUUGAUGACGGGCGGCAAGGAAAUUGUGCUUUUAUCACCCGGAGAGUUUCUGCCCCCCAAGGUAUGGACUGAUCUCAUAAAGAAUUAUUUCACGUCUCUGCUAACUAAGCGGGGACAUUAGAAAGACGCAGAGCCAGGAUUACGAGUGUCAUCUGCUCGGCUUUGACACGGCCGUGCAACUCCUGGCCGCACGCGCUGCAGAAGAGGAGGGGGAUGAAUGUCUCGGGGGGAGGACCCCGGGACCCCUCUCCGCGUUGUGGGGCAGCCAGCCAGAAGUCUCCUUUCACAUCCAAUAUGCGUCCCUCAGUCCCAUCUGGAGAAACUCAGAAGGCUUAGGCUUCAGCAAAGCCUCAUUCUACUCCAACCGCCUCCGUAAACACACACGUAUUUGAAAGAACUGGGUGAUAAAAUAGCUCCACGGAGGCAGGUUGUGGGUGGGAGAGUGGUUCUUUGUAUUUUUAAGAAAUAAGGAUACAUGAGCAGAGAAACCAGUUUGCUGAGAAUAAAAUCAGACGGCGUUCUUAGAAUUUAAGCUCCCAGUCCCCCCGUGAGCGCAACUUUCCUGGGCAGACCCGCAGCGCGUGGAGCUGGCUUCAAGUACGAGCGGUGGGAAGCAAAGCAAGAGCACGUCUUUAAAACCACCACGUGCGAAUCCAACAGGAGCCAGCUGUGAGCCGACCCCUGGAAACGGGAGCCUGAACCGGAAGAGGAAAAUGAGCCUUCUCAAAGAGCGGAAGCCCAAAAAGCCACAUUAUAUCCCCCGGCCUCCGGGAAAGCCCUUCAAGUACAAGUGUUUCCAAUGUCCCUUCACCUGCAAUGAGAAGUCCCAUCUCUUCAACCACAUGAAGUAUGGUCUCUGUAAGAACUCCAUCACUUUAGUCUCGGAGCAAGACCGUGUCCCCAAGUGCCCCAAGUCUAACCCUCUAGACCCUAAGCCCACGCAUCAGCCGGACCCCACAGUGAAGCCCACCGCCUCCAAGUCUGUCACACACAGCCUCCCCCACUUGGACACCAAGCUCCCACUCGGCCUGGCCAAGGACGAUGCCAAGGAGAAUCUGGAACUGCAGCUGCGGGGGCCCCACAAGGGCCCUGGACAGAAGCCUGCUCUCCACAAGGAGGCCGAGCACCGGGGUCCAGCCCCAGAAGCCACGGCGGGCACCCCGCCUGCUCUGGAAGGCGCCGGGCGGCCGUCGGCCUUUGUUCCUGUUGGAGAGCACAGACUCAAAGGCCCAGAACACGCCGAGGCUCCCGAGGCCCUGGCACUGCCCAGCGCCACCGCCAAGGCCACCACGUUCCACACCAAGUCUGCAUUCCACGCCCCUGCCUACCCCUGGAAAGCUGGCUCGCCUUUCCUCCCGCCUGAGUUUUCACAUAAAAUCCCACCCACAAAGGGAUUUGGGGCCCUUUCCCCUUACAUGCACCCCACAAUUCCCGAGUACUCGCCCCACUUUUACACGGAGCAUGGACUGGCCACCAUCUACUCCCCUUACCGACCAGCCGGGAGCUCACCCGAGUGUGACACCCCCCUGCUGUCAGUCUACGGGGCCCAAGACCAAAGACACUUUCUGUCUCACCCGGGGCCGAUGCCCAAGCACUUGCACCCGUCCCCCUUGACGUACGACCACUACCGGUUUUUCCAGCAGUACCACCCCAAUCUGCCAAUUCCUUAUGGACUCUACAGACCGGAGUCUGCCUUCUCCUCCUACGGCCUCAGACUCCCGCCGGUCCCUGGUAUUGCACAGGAUCAGCGCUCUCACCUGCUGGAAGAAGCUGCCCUGGCCUACCCAGCCUCAAGUCCAUCCAAGUCAAACCCUCCCCACUCCCACAAAAAGCAGACCGCGCUGGAGAAGGAGAGUCCGACCGCCGAGGCUGAAGACCCUCCCAAAGACAGGCAGAGGGGCACAGAAGGGACCAAGAUGAGCCCACGUGCAGGCAGCGCGGCCACUGGCUCCCCGGGAAGGCCAAGUCCUACCAACUUCCCACAGACAAGCCAGCCCUGCACUGGGCUGGGGGGCCUCUCGGACACGCCCACGGCGAGCGCCCUGGGAAGGCUCCAGCAACCAGAACGGAGCCUCACAGCCUUCAAGCCCAUCCAGAAAAGCACCGAGCGCCCACACUCCCAGGCUCCAGAAAACAGAGACGACCCCCCACAAAGCCUCGAUGCCAUGGACAUCGACACUCCGGCCUGGGCAGGCAGCAGCGUGGAGGCCCUGCCACCCAGCCCAGAGGACGGCUCCAGGAUAGCCCCGCUGAACCUCUCCAAGAAACCGGAGGCCAGACCAGCAGCAGCUCACGGCCCUCUGUACACAGACUUCCCAGAGCUGCAGGACAUGCCUCUCAACCUCUCGGUGAAGGACCCCUGCAAUGCCCUGACCCUGCGGCCUUCCCCCCACAGCCCAGCGCCAGAGGUGGAACCUGCCACUGCUACUGAUCAGAAGACCGGGCCGGAAGGUUCUGGAGAUGGGCCAGGACAUACAGAGACGAACCAAAACAGCCUUGGCUCUGAUGAAGUUCCAAUGACCAGCCCCACUGGGAAGGCCCAGGACACACGGGCCGUGGACAACAGCGACGAGCAGAAGCAGACGGCAGCCGUGGCCCUCUGCCAACUGGCAGCCUACAGCCCGGGCACCGUCCGGGUGGGCGAUGGGGAGCCUAUGGCCCAGGAGUCCACCUGCCAACAAGACACGCCAGCUCUCAGUGCCACGGCGAGCCAGGAGCCUCAGAGUGACCUCAGACCCAAAGGGCAGAAGAGGACAAGCCCACGGGAUUCGGGGAAGUCCCAGCAGGGAGCUAAGAAGACAAAGCUGAGCGACACGGCCAGAGUGUUCACUCUCCGGAAAAGGACUCGGGUGUCCUAGUGCUGGCUCACGGCAGGAAGAGCUGGCACAGCACACACCUCUGAAGCAGGUCGCAGGGCAGCACAUCCGCCACGGCCCUGCAUUUUUUAUCUGGUCCAUUUUUACAGCAGUUUUUUCUUCUCAAAAAACAAAAUACACAUAAAGAGAAAAAGAAAAAAAACACACAAAGAGCUACGAUUCAGCUCACUUUUUGUAAAUAUUAAGCAUGAAUAUUAUAAGGUGCUUCCGCUUGGGACUGUAAAAAUAUUUGAAUGACUCAUACUCUAAGACUGAUGAGUUAGACACUGGCUUUUAUUUUUAUAAUAAAAUGAAUGAAAUAGAUUGGACUAAAAGGUAACUUUCAGGUAUAAGCCAUGUCAUAGGAAAUCUUUUCUUAUAAAUACAAUUCUUACACUAGAACAAAUGGUCUCAACUGUAUCAUUAAAUCUACUGUGUUGUGAAGUAACAAUGACUGGAAAUGCCAGGAGCAGCAUUUUCAGCACCAGCAUUAAAGUGCUGAGGACAUUGUGACUUGCUGUGAGUAAAUAAUACACCAACAUCAAGAGGCUACUUAUAGAAAUAAUUUAUUUCCAGGAGGGAAAAUGUAUUACUGGUGGAGCUAUUAUCAAUACAGUCCAUUCCAUAUAAUGUUACAGUGAACUUUCUGAUUCAUGCAGCCUCACUUUCCACUUCCUAAAAUGAUGUAUAUAUUGCCAAUUUUCCAAUAAACUCAUAAACUUUAAGGGUACACAAAAUGAAGACAAAUGUGAACUCUGUGUUAUAUUUUAGAGUAUUCUGCCAUAAUAAACUCAGUGAAAAAAGA